CAGACGCGUUCUUUGUCUCUCGUCUUGUCGGAAAAUGUCGCUUCCAAACUCCUGUCGGAAUAUAAUCCCGAUUUAACUCCAAAAAAAAAAGGUUUCUAUCUUUUACCGAAAAUGUCGUCGUCAAACUUCACGGUGGAGUCGUGUAAAGUUGAUUCGGAGGAAGGGGUGAAGCUUCACACGAGAAUCUUCAAACCCAGAGACGCCGACGCCGACGACGACGAUGACAAAAAUCUUGUGAUAGUGUUGGUACAUCCCUUCUCGCUCAUGGGUGGUUGUCAAGCUUUGCUCAAGGGCAUCGCUUCCGAUUUGGCCUGUAAGGGAUUCUGCUCUGUCACUUUCGACACGAGAGGCGCUGGAAAGUCCACGGGAAGGGCUACUCUUACUGGCUUCGCUGAGGUCAAGGACGUGAUCGCCGUUUGUCGGUGGCUUUCUCAGGAAUUCGAGGUUGAUAGGAUCUUACUCGUGGGUUCUUCUGCCGGUGCACCAAUUGCAGGAUCAGCAGUGGAGCAAGUAGAGCAAGUGGUGGGAUAUGUGAGCUUGGGAUACCCAUUUGGUCUACUAGCCUCGGUUCUAUUUGGACGGCACCACAAGUCCGUUCUCUCAUCCCCUAAGCCCAAACUCUUCGUUAUGGGAACAAAAGACGGCUUCACUAGCGUUAGCCAGCUCAAGAAGAAGCUGAAAUCUGCAGCGGGACGCACAGAAACACACCUCAUCGAAGGCGUUAGCCAUUUCCAGAUGGAAGGACCUGAAUAUGAUUCUCAAAUGACCGAUGUCAUUUGCAACUUUAUUUCAUCCAUGUAAAAGAAGUCAUUAUGCAACCUGAUGAUGAGUAUCCAUGUAAGAGUUAAACGUAACUUGUAUCACAUAAUACAGAAUGGAGGAUAACAACAAUCUUGGCAGA